AUGAUUAGAGAUGAUAGUCUGAGGAGGGUAUAAAAGAACGGGCGCCCGACGAGAAGGCACUUCAUUCAGCCGCCACACAGCUGAUAACGACGUCUUCUGAGGUUUCCCUCUCUUUCGUAAUAUCAUCUUCUGAGCACCUCCUUGCAGAUGUCGUCAAACGCUUCCUUCUAUGCGCUCACAGGCGCUACAGGCAUCGCCGCGAUCGUCGUCGCCGGUGUCGUCUUCUCGUACCUCUCGAUUCUCGGAGAUAUUAACCAGUUCGAGAACGAGUUCUCCAACGAAAUGUCUGUGUUCAAGGUAACUGAGCCCGCUCCGAUCGUAUUCCCAACUCAAUGUUUCCAGGUGAAAGCCAAUGACGCUUGGUCUCAAAUGAUGGCCUCCCGAAGAGUCGAGUCUCCGACUGAGAAAGUUGCUUUCGAGGGACUCUUCCGUGUGAAGAGACAGUAUGCCGCUGGAGGAGGAGGAGGAGGAGGAGGAGGAGGAUAUGCUAGUGGAGGAGGAGGUGGCGGAGGCGGAUGCCAAUGUGCUGCUCAGGCUUCCGGCUGCCCAGCUGGACCACCAGGACCACCAGGACAGGCCGGAGCUCCAGGAGAACCGGGAGAGGCAGGACAAGACGGACAACCAGGAUCUGCAGGACAGGCAGACUCGGGAAGCGCCGGACAGGGGUGCAUCACUUGUCCUGCUGGACCACCAGGACCUCCGGGACCAGAUGGAAACGCCGGACCAGCUGGAGCUCCAGGACAGCCAGGACCAGACGGAAAUGUCGGAGGAUUUUCUGCUCCAGGACCACCAGGACCCCCAGGAGCGCCAGGAAACGAUGGACAACCAGGAGCGCCUGGACAAGACGGACAGCCAGGAGCCCCAGGAACGAGCACUGUUAACACGCCGGGAGGACCUGGACCAGCCGGACCACCAGGACCACCAGGGCCACCAGGACAAGAUGGAGCUGGAAGCGCACCUCAACCAGGACCACCAGGACCACCAGGACCACCAGGAAAUAAUGGACAACCUGGAGGACCAGGACAGCCGGGAGGACCAGGACCAGACGGAGGACCAGGAACUGAUGCUGCGUACUGUCCAUGCCCACCAAGAACUCAAGGAGGUGGAGGAGGAGAAUACCCAUCCGGAGGCGGCGGUGGUGGCGGAUACAGCGGAGGUGCUGGAGCAGGAGCAGCGGCUGCAGGAGGCGGAGGAUACAAUGGACGAGGUGGAGCCGGCGGUGGCGGCGGCGGUGGAUACGCCGGAGGAGCAGGUGGUGGCAGCUACAACAACCGUCGAUUCCAUCAGUGA